CCAGUCCCCGCGAGCCAGGCGCGCUCCCGUCAUAGCCCGCCCGGGGAGGGAGAGCGGGAAUGGCAGCUUCCACUGACUACGCUCGGCGAGAUCCGAGGGAAGCUCAUCGCAAGCGGGGAGCUACCCCCUCGAUAGAGGGGAGUCAGAGUAAUUGUUUCAACAAGUUCCACAAAGCUUCAGAUCACUCUAUAUUAAAUCGUACUCUUGAAGAAGUAAAAGCUUUUCUCAUCAAUGAAGAGGAGUUACACCAGUUCGAUGACCUCACUAAAGUCAACCCAGUGACAACUGCCACAGUUUUAAAAUGCCUACAAGCAAGGUAUGCGGCCGGUAUAUUUUAUACCAGUGCUGGGUGUACACUGGUGGCUCUUAACCCAUUCCAGCCUGUGCCUAACUUGUAUUCCCUAGACAUUAUGAAGGCGUACCACUCUGCGUCUCGACCGCAGGAAUUGAAGCCGCACAUCUUCACGAUGGCUGAGGAAGCAUUCAGGAAUGUGCAAAGCCACGUUGAACCAGUUAACCAGUCACUUAUAGUCAGUGGGGAGAGUGGUGCUGGAAAGACCUGGACAUCUCGGUGCCUUAUGAACUACUUUGCCACAGUUGCUACCUCAUCCAUUUCUGUUAAGUGCCAGGAAAACGUGGAAAGAAUAGAAAAGAGAGUAUUAGACUCCAAUCCUGUGAUGGAGGCAUUUGGAAAUGCUUGUACACUACGGAAUCACAAUAGCAGUCGAUUUGGAAAAUACAUCCAAUUGCAGUUCAACAGAUCACAGCAACUGGAGGGAGCAUCUGUGCAGACUUACCUUUUGGAGAAAACACGGGUUGCCAAUCAAGCUCCUUUAGAAAGAAAUUUUCACGUUUUUUAUCAGGUAAUGAAAGGAGCCACUGAGGAGCAGAGACUGGAAUGGGGUCUUUCUGAAAAGGAAGAAUUCUUCUGGUUACCAAAUGCUGACAAAAUAUUAGAAGAGGAUCAAUUUGAAGAAACCAAAGAUGCGAUGCUACACCUGGGUAUUGACAGUUGCACACAAGACCAGGUAUUCAGGAUUCUAGCGGGUCUUCUACAUCUUGGAAAUGUGCGAUUUAGCUCUCCUACAGAUGAGUCUCACCCUUGUGAUCUUAAAGAAAAAGCAAAGUACUUUCUUAAGAGAACUGCAAAUCUACUCAAAGUUUCUGAGGACAGCCUUUUGGAAGAGCUCAGAGUCCGGACUAUUAUAGCAGGCAGACAGCAACAAGUUUUCAAAAAGCCGUGCUCCAAAAUAGAGUGUGGCAUGAGAAGGGACUGUGUGGCUAAAGUCAUCUAUGCAAAAUUGUUUGACUGGCUGGUAAAAAUUAUAAAUGGUUCCAUAUGCUCAGAUUCAUUCAAGUGGACAAAUUUUAUAGGUCUGUUGGAUGUGUAUGGAUUUGAGUCAUUUCUACAAAAUAACCUGGAACAGCUUUGUAUUAACUAUGCAAAUGAAAAGCUCCAGCAGCAUUUUGUGGCACAUUAUCUCAAAGCACAGCAAGAGGAAUACACCGCAGAAGAUCUGGAGUGGUCCUUUGUUACUUACCAGGAUAACCAGAGCUGUUUAGAUCUGAUUGAAGGAAAUCCCACCAGCAUCUUUUCCCUUUUAAAUGAGGAGAGCCGCCUGAACCGAUUUUCUGAUGCAAAUCAAUUUAAAACUCGCCUUCAGACAGUUUUGGCAAGUAAUCACUGUCUGAGCUGGAAUGUGUUUAGCAAGGUUCCCAAUUUUGUAGUGGCUCAUUAUGCAGGAAAGGUUAAUUACCAGAUUGAGGGAAUGAUGGAAAAGAAUAAGGAUCCUGUUCCACCAGAGCUGGUGCAGUUAUUAGAGAAAUCUCAGGAUACCUUAUUGAAGGAGCUAUUUCCUGUUGGAGAUAAAGAACACAAUGAUAGUAAAGCUCAAAACAAAGCAGUCACUGUGGUCUCCAAAUUUAAGGGUUCACUGGAAAACUUAAUGUGUAUAUUAAACAGCACCACACCUCAUUAUAUCAGAUGCAUCAAGCCUAACAUGGACUGCAAACCUCUCCUUUUCAGAUCAGAGGAGAUUCUCAGCCAGCUAGAAGCUUGUGGUAUAAUUGAAACAAUCAACAUCAGUGCAGCUGGAUUCCCCAUUAGGAUCCUAUUCCAGCCUUUUGUGGAGCGCUAUGAACUUCUGAAAACAGAUUGGAAACUUAAUUUUAAAACUGCAGCUAGCUUUAAUGGAUGCUGUCCUGCAAAAAAGAGGAAAGGUUCUUCUUCAGGUGGCAGCACUGAAGCUUUGAACAUCACUGUACAAGGCAUACUCACUAAUGUAUUAGCUGGCCAAACUGUCGUCUCAUCCUUUAAGCCAACUGAGAACAGGUCAUGUAGCUCAUUAGUACACUGUGGCAAAACAAGAGUGUUCAUGACUCACAGUAUGCUCGAAUUGCUCGAAAGGGCAAGACGUCAAACUCUUUCCAAGAAAGCACUUUACAUUCAAUCUAGCUGGCGAAGAUAUCGUCAAAGAAAAUUAGCACGAUCAAGGCGAGCAGCGACCAUCAUUCAAGCAGCAAUCAGAUCAUGGUUGACCAGACGGUGGAUUAAAAAACUUCAUCAUGCUGCAAUGGUGCUGCAACGAGCAUGGAAAACCUGGAAAAUUAAAAUGGAAGUCUUGGCAGCAAAGGAAUUGGAUGAUACAACAGAUUUUGAAGAAAUGGAAUAUGUUCCGGAUUCUCCUAUUUGCUCACCUUCAUAUCAGUCAAAAUAUGAACCACCGAACAAGCUUUUCCAAGGUAUUCAAUUCAGAGAUCUAACGUUACGUGCCUGGCCGCUGGGUCUGAUCCUUUCGUCUGCUUACAUUACUGGAAUGACUCCAUCCAUAUCUGAAGCACUUAAGGCCUUUACUCGAUUGGCUGCCUUGAAGGUGAAAUGGAGAAGCAACUAUAAGGUGGAACAUAAUCAGUUUGAUCAGGGUAUUGCUUCUAUUAGAGCAUUACCUGAGGUGCAAGUAAAGUUUCAUUGCAGACGUUCGCCAUUGCUUUUUGCUGAUAUUUAUCCUGAACACACACACUGCACAAUCAUUGGCCUUAACCAGAUUUUAUUGGAAAAAACGGAAGAUUAAUAAUUUUAUUUAGAUGUCAUGUCCCUGUAAUCUUUUUUAAUAGAAGUUUGUUACCACAGGUAUCUUGGGAGACCUUACUGAAUUGCAUUGAAUUGAAUGAUUUAUUGUCACUUUAGUUUUACAGUGAAUAA